AUGGCGGAUGUAGCAAAGAUACAAGAACUUCUCGCCAAGCCUCGCAAUGAGCUCACCGAGUUCGAGGUCGCCCAAAUCGAAGAACAUGAAUUCACAUCCGGACCCCUCUCUCUUCUUCAAGCUGCUGUCCGCUCCCAUGGACAAGUACUGAUUUCAUGCCGCAACAAUCGAAAACUACUUGCGCGCGUCAAGGCUUUCGAUCGUCAUUGCAAUAUGGUAUUGGAGAACGUGAAGGAGAUGUGGACCGAGACGCCAAGGCUAAGCGGUGGUGGAAAAGGAAGACCGGUUAAUAAGGAUAGAUUCAUCAGGCCACAAAGAUACCAGACCACCUACCAGAUGGCAAAAGGUACCAUGAAGAACACAGCUAACAUCUUUCGAUUCCUCCAGGUUUUUAAGAGGAGAUUCCGUCAUUCUCGUCCUGCUAAGCUGAACGGAUCUGUGCAGGAAGCAAACAGGAUAGCAUUGGGCGUUGUCAAAGAUCAACGCGCGUACCAAUUCAGCUUGUAG